AUGCGCAAGGACGUUCGCAUCGUCCUUGCCGGCGAUCCAGAUGUCGGCAAAUCGACACUCAUCACCUCUCUCGUAAAGGAGGCGUACGUCGCCAAAGUACAAAAGGUGGUACCGCCCAUCACAUUGCCGCCAGAAGUCGCACCAGAAGCUGUGGUCACAAAAAUCGUCGAUACGAGCUCAAGCCCGGAGCAUCGCGCCAACCUGGAAGCAGAGCUUCGCAGGGCCAACGUUAUUUGCAUUGUCUAUUCGAUCUCGGCGCCUUCCUCGUUUGACCGUAUACCCACCUAUUGGCUACCCUACAUCCGCUCACUAGGCGUCAAUGUCCCCGUCAUCCUCGUCGGCAACAAGAUUGACUUGCGCUCAGGUGACGUUACUAAUGCUGCCCUUGAAGAUGAGCUGGCACCCGUCAUGGCAGAGUUCAAGGAAGUGGAAACUUGCGUCGAGUGCUCGGCGCGCAUUCCACUCAACGUCAGCGAGGUCUUUUACUUUGCGCAAAAAGCCGUCCUCUAUCCGACAGCGCCACUGUACGACAGCCGCGAGCAUGUGCUCAAACCCGCCUGCGUUGAUGCGCUCAAACGUAUCUUUCGCCUCUGCGACUCAGAUAAGGAUGGCUUGCUGAGUGACGGAGAGCUGAACGAUUUUCAACGCAAAUGCUUCGACACGCCUCUUCAAGCACAAGAACUCGAGGGGAUCAAAGACCUCGUCGUCCAGGCCCCCAUUGCCGGCCUGCGCUAUAACCACGAGAACAGCAGUGUGGCUGCUUCCGGUUCCAGUGCCAAUGGGGACAUUCCCUCACACCACCCGCAUCUCCGUGAGGGCAGUUUGACCAUGGCCGGCUUUCUCUAUCUGCACACACUCUUUAUUCAACGAGGGCGACUGGAGACGACCUGGACUGUCCUGCGCACGUUUGGAUACGGCGUCGAUCUUAGUCUCCAAGACUCAUUUGUCAAGCCUGCUUUCGCAGUACCACCAGAAUGCUCGGUGGAGCUUUCUCCGAACGGCUACCAAUUCUUGACGGACAUCUUUGAAGUGCACGAUAAGGAUCGUGACGGUGCACUCAGCGAAGAGGAGCUCGAUAGCCUCUUUAUUACCGCACCUGACAAUCGUCAUCCUUGGCAAGGCACCGGCUUUCCUACCUCCACCAUCACCGACGAGCACGGUGCUGUCACCUUGCAAGGCUGGCUCGCGCAGUGGAGCAUGACCACACUGCUCGACCACCGCACCACGCUGGCCUACCUCGCCUACCUCGGCUAUCCUUCUUUCCCCUUGUCAGGCUCAUCUGGUAGCGCUUCAACUCCAGCGCCUAUACCACUCACGCCGACUGGUCCACCUGGAUCUAGGCCAUCACGCAACCGUACACCAUGUCCACCAUCCACCAUCACAGCCUUGAAGCUCACACGCCCGAGAAAGACGGACAAGAAGAAAAAGGGCGCGAUCCAGAGAAGUGUCUUUCUCGGCUUCGUGCUCGGUGCGGCAGGCAGCGGUAAGACGGCAAUCCUUCGCAACAUGGUGGGCAAGCGCUUCGCAAAUGCAUACGAGCCUACACAAAAGAUGAUGAGUGUCGUCAGCACUGUGGAGCAGGCGGGAGCCGAGCGAUAUUUGGUGUUGCAAGAGUUCGGAUCGCGCUACGAGGCCGAAGUGUUACGCAACACGGCUAAGCUAUCGGCUGCCGACGUGAUUGUGUUUGUCUACGACUCGAGCGACACCAACUCGUUCAGCUACAUUUCGAAUUUGCGGCAGCAGUACCCACUGUUACAGUCGAUGCCAUCCCUGUUUGUUGCUACCAAGGCCGAUCUCGAUCUGGCGCAGCAGCGCCACGAGGUACAGCCAGACACGUACUGCCGCAAGCUUGGCCUCAAGAUUCCGGGGCUGGGAGCAGGGCCUCUCAACAUUAGCAUCCGUGAUGGCCAGUCGGCGGAUCUGUAUGGUCUGAUCUGUACGAUUGCUGUCGAUCCCAAGGGCGCAGUGCAGGGCGGCUACGAUCGCAACGCGCUCAGCUAUGGCACAAACCGUUGGCAGUUUUGGGGCUAUAUCGGGCUCGUGGUGAUUGGCGGCGGAGGAGCCGUCUGGAUCUGCGCCAAAGUGCUCAAGGUGCCUAUCGGCAGCACGCUCGGCUUUGGAAGUAGUGCCUCCACGACAAGCUGGUGGCUCUCGGGGGCACAAGCUCGAGGUGCGGGUGGCCCGAAUGCUACCAAGGUCUCGAGCUGGUUCGACUGGAUUCGCUGGCAAAGCUCAUCGAAUGUGCGAUCGGAGCUCUGA